AUGGACUCUGCCGCUGCUGAUGGCGACUUUCGAUGCCACCAUUGCAACAAGUCUUACCGUCGGCGCGACCUUCGAGACCGGCACCGACGUCGUUGCAUUAAGUCUGCUAACCAUGAGCGUGUAUCCAAGCGAAAGUCCUGCGAGACUUGUGCGCAGAAAAAGCUGCGGUGUUGCUUGACCCGCCCGGCAUGUAGUCGCUGUGUUCAAACACAGACGCCAUGUCACUAUCCACCCACUGCUCGUGUGAACCAGGAUGAUAGUACCAUGACAACAGAGCCUUCUUCGACCAGUGGAACUCUCGAUGUCGCUGUCUCUGCCUCAAGUAUGCCUUUCAGCGGUAGUCUGGCAACCUCUUCCAGUUCUCAUGAUAGUAGCAGUGUAGCAGCGUUCCAGUGGAGCCCAGAGGCCGGUAACGUGGAUGUCAUGCUUCAGAAUAUCAGCGAUGGAGCACUUCCUGCCCUCGACCUGUCAACUUCCCUAGGUUGGAACGAGAAUUUCCUCGCUGGAGACUAUCCCACGGAGAUUCCUAGCGAACUGUUCUCGCUUUUUGCUCAAUCACAAGGCCAACCGCAUCUAUCGAAGAUGCCUGCCCCUCUUAUGCCUGGUCCGGGUGAACCUCUCGCUCUUUCACAAGCACCUCCGGUGCCUCCGUUAUCAGGUGCUUCUUCGUCCAUAGGGUUAUCACCUAAUGGUGAUUUCAGCUGUGACGAUGACUUCUUUGCGAACAAUUUCCUCCCGGGCUAUGAUCAGGCCGCUGAUAAUACCACGGAAUUGUUCGAGGAGCUUUUCCAGAGAGUUCGCGAUUAUCCGAAAAAAAUUCUUCAGCGAGACUUUUGGUCACCUUUUAUUCACCAUCGUCUCUAUCGAUGUGCACAGGGUGGUAUGGCCGAGCCGUUGGGUAUUGCACUAGCUUGUGCUUCAGCAUACGACAGCUCAGUGGAGUCCAGCUCGAGCUUCAUUGACUCCUUGAUAAAUACCCAGCGAGAGAAGCUGAUCCGAGAGUUCCACUUGUAUGUGGAUCAGCCGGAGACAUGCCUGGCUGCACUCCACGCCGUUAGCGUCUAUCAGAUCCUCAGCUCCUUGGAUGAUUUCAGUACUCCGGCUCCUGAUGAAGUUGAGAAGCGGCGAAAGGGAUCAGGUCUUGCGCCUGAGUGGCAUAUUUCCUUUUUAUUAAAGAUGACUCGUCGACUCUGUACUCUGUAUAAACAAGCCGUUACAGCGGAUACCGAGACAGAUUGGAUCCGGUGGAGGUUUGCUGAAUCGCUGCGGCGGUGUAUCUUCUUUGUCAACUUAAUCAAUGUUCUAGCAGCAAGAUGUCGCAGAUUUCACUUCGAUUAUUUUGAACCUUUAGAUGAUGCUCUGAUCCUCCAGAUGCCUCUCCCGGUCACAGAACAGACGUGGAGGGCAGGGAACGAGAAGCAAUGGCAAAUAUGCCGGGAAGAUACCCGACUUGUACGUCCAGCCCCCACGCUGCAAAAGCUCAUGGAGAUAGAUGGUGCAGGCCAGCUGGAUCGAUCUACUCUUACACCACUGACCAGAAUCAUCCUGGCUUGUGCAAGGGUCAAUCUAGAGGCCGAUUGGAGAGACGAAUAG